CAUUUAAAUAAUAUUUCAUAAUUUUUUCAAACUUCUGAUAAUUUAUACUUGGGUAAAAAUAUGCUAUCAGCGAAAUUCGUCAAGAUUCAUGGGAUGAAGGACGACAGAUGGACCACAAAAGACAAAUUGCAACAGUACCGUGGAGUCCUCAGGUUACAUGCUCGAGAAAAGAAAGUGCAAGCAGCCAAUUUAAUAAAUUUGAAAAAAAGAGUCUCCAGGGACUUGAAAUCACUUUCUGAAAAUGUCCAGGAAUAUCGAACUAUCAUUAAUGAUAUUAGAAGCGGAGAUAAGAGAAGAAUAUGUGCUCUAUUUCACGAGCACAGGGACCUUCUGCUAGCUCUAAUGAAUCAAACUCCAUCUGAAAUUUUCGCUGGGGUAUUUCAAGAUAGUUCCCUAAAACGAAAACAACUGGAUAAACUUUUCUACCAAAAGAAGAAAGUGAUGAAGAAAUGUUUCGACUUGAAGCUGGAAUACACUAUUCUGUCGGACAAAAUCGAUCAGCGAGAUGUCGAUCCUUCAGAUCGAAUGCAACAAAAAUUAAUCACUUGUUAUCAACGAUCCAUGGCGAGAUACAAUGCAGCCCAAUCCAUUAAAACUACAUACGAGUUGAUGUUAAACAUUCUAAAAAAGGAUGCUGUAUAUUUUGAUGCCGUUUUAGAAGCUUUGAGAAAAGAUCAAAAUGAACAGUGCAAGAUCAUAUACAAAGCGACAGUGAUGGGACAACACGUCACUGAAAAUCUCGAUGAUAAUCGUGAAAAAUAUAAACGUAUGGAUCAUGAAGUUUGGAUCAAUAUGAAAGAAAGGGAACGCACUUUAAAAAUCGCUCGAGCACAAGUUGAAGAUGUUUGGGCCUAUUCUCGGUCCCUUGUUCGAAUUCAGGCAGCCUUUGAUAAGGUAAAUAGGGAAAAGUUGUUGAAAACAAUGGAGAUAAGAGGAGUAAGAAAAGGUUUAAUUGAAAGAUUGAAAGAAAUCUAUGUAAAAACGGUUAGUGCUGUGAGGGUAAAUGGCAAAUUUUGCACAGAAGAGGGCCUUAGACAGGGCUGUCCUCUUAGCGCUACACUAUUCACAGUCCUGAUCUCUGACAUACAAGAGGAAAUGAGAAAAGAAAUUGUGGGAGGCAUAAAAGUUGGGAGUGAAAAAUUCUGGUCACUUGCUUACGCAGAUGAUAUAGCACUUUUGGCGAACAAUGAAGAAGAUUUUAGGGCAAUGAUGAAAAGAUUCGGAAAGUGGGAGCAGAGAAAAGGAAAGAAAAUGGAAUUGGAAACGAGUAAAUGUAGAGGAAGUGAAAGUAUUCAAAUAUUUAGGUACACAUUCAACAAAAAUGGAGGCUGUGAUAGACACAUUCAGGAGAUUGUUAAAAAGGCCAACAUUGUGAUGAAACAUACGUGGGGGAUAGGAGAAAGACUCUUUAAGGACAAUUUAAACAGAAGAAUACAUAUUUUUAACAGCUUAGUAGUUGGAGUUCUGUCUUACGAGGCAGAAUUAUGGGGAUGGGAAGAAAAAGCCACUUUAGAAAGGAUCCAAGACCGUUAUCUCAGGUGGACCCUGGGACUCGACCGUUAUACACCAAGCUACAUGGUUCUGGAAGAGACCAAAAUCGAAAAACUUAGAGUGAAAUUAGGAAGAAAAGCUAUUAAAUUUGAAGAAGGAAUAGAAAAUUCCGCAGGAAGAACAAUUUUAAAAGAAUGCCUAAAAGAAAAAAAUAGUGGAAGGCUGAAGAUAAGAAGUGUCCAAGAAAGGAAGCAAUAUCUUAAAAGGUGUGGUUAUAGUCAAGAGGGUUUAAAAACAUUAAAAGGUAAGAGAGCUAAUGUAAAAGAGAUACUAAAGAAGACAGACUACGAAGUACAAAGACAAACACAGCUAGGUAAAAUACAGGAAUCUAGGUACAAUAGUAGGUACGAAAAGAAUGAGAAAGAAAUGCGGAAGCAGACAAAAGAUCAGAAAAAGCGUCACAAAGAUAGCAACGAAAUGAGGAAAGUUCGAGGAAAACUAUUAAUGAAUAUCAGAGCAGCCUUGCAGAAUAUAGCAGAUAUGCUUAUUAUGGUUGAAGAUAAGAAAAGCGAGAAAAAAGAAUCUGAAGAAAAAGAAAAGACAGAAAAAAAUAACAUUACUGGAGAGAAAAAACCAGUGAUAGAGCUACAGCCAGUUGAAACUGACGCACUCGCUUUACUCGAGCAAGUGACCCAAAAAGCAACUUGGCUCUCCUCGAUGAGCAACUUCGAGAUGGAUAAGGAGAAAGAAGAAAGGGCAAGAGAUCUGUAUCAGUCAUACAUUUCAGAUUAUAAAUCAAAUUUGUUAUUUGGUCAGCAAGAACUAGAACCCAAUGGCAUCUUUGUGGAACAUGAAGUUGUGGAUCCCAGUAUUAUGAGCCGAAAUGACAUAAAAAAGAAAAGCAAACUAAUUGUAGACGCACACUUAAAAGAAGAAUAAAUUCCUUUAAUUUGUGCUGGUGUUUAAUGGCA